AGAUUACUUAUAAUUGAUAUCAUUUGUGCGCUAAUUCAUUACUAAUUAAGUGAUUCUUUUGAUCGUGCUAUAUAAUUUUGACCGAAAACGCGCUGUAAUUAAUUGACCCCAUUUAUUUAUGCAUCACUCAUUGUUCGAUAAAUAUUAUAUCCGAAAUUUAAAAGACUAAAGUAAUCAGAGGAGUUUACAAAGAUUCUGCAGAGACAUUUAGAUACGUUUUAUACUGACCGCAAAACACAUUUAUUAUUUUGAUCAGGUAUCGCAGUGAUAAAAACUUGUCGAGAUAGCGGAUAAGCGUCUCGUAAUUCCGGCCGAUGCAAGUUGCAUUGAGAGAUUACAGAUUAUUGUUCACGCAAGGACGAAUUGCGAAAUAGUUGUAAUCACAAUCGCAAUCACGUGAAUCGAGAUCGAGGGUACUCUAUGCCGCUUGAAAAUAGAAAUAAUUGCAGCAAUCAAAAUAUAAUUACAAUCAUUCGAACGAAAUGUGAUUACGAUAAUAUCUUAAAACAAAUAGUUAAACUGUAGAUGACACUUGAGAAAUACAUUUUUUUAAAUUGUACGUUAAAACUGUAUCGAUUUUGGAGAGGUCGAUGUCUCCGACGCACAAAGCGUAGCCGCGUUUGUCUGCCACGCAUACUUCCGCCACGAAGCCAACUCGUCUCGCACCUCUUCUCCUUUUCGCGCGUCUCGCGGCAACAGGUCCCGCAACACGAAGCACGCUGAAACGAAGCCGCGACGCCCGAUGGAGAUUCAUCGGCGACGACUUCGUGAGUCUCUUGGUAGAUUUUAGCGGCCGACGGAUGAGUACGGGACCAAGAGAGAACGAGAGAGAGAGAGAGAGAAAGAGAGAGAGAGAGAGAGAGAGAGAGAGAGCGGAAAACAUUUAUUGCGGACUCCGGACCUUGAGAGAGCAUUGAACGAUAGUAGAAAGUAUUGCGAAAUUAAAUUCGAAGCAUUGAUAACGAAUUUAUAAUUUCAUAUCAGGACCCUAAUACAGGAGCGAUAAUACAUUUUAGUAAGAAAUUUAGCAACAGAUAUUUAUGAAACUCUCAUUUGUAAAAAAGCAAAUUCACAACGCUCAAGUGAGUUUCAAUGAGAAAAAAAGAAGCUCAUUGAUAAGAUAUUAUCGAUGCAAUUAAGCAGAACGGAAUCAGUAAUUGCACGUGACGGUGAGAAUUACGCGUUACGUUUUCCGCUUACUCAGUCUACAAACGCAGAUCGUAACUCUUUCUCAAGAUAAGAACAUUUAAAUCUUCUUCAAAAUGAAUCAUUCGGGUGUUUCAUCCUGAUAGCGCAUUGUCGCAGUUCUGUUUGUACUUUUAAUAGCGCAUUUAGCACAAGAUUUUGCGUACUCUCUUCUCUCUGUUUUCGGCAAGUCUCUAAAUUGUUAAAAGUCUAUAUCUUCAUCAGCUGGGCGUACGUAUCAGACGUAUCAACCAACUUGCUUACACAUUAAAGUCGACAUACACGUACUCAUCACGCACGCACGCUCUUCGCACGUAUAUACGAAGGAACGUAUUAAGGUUCACGGAUGUAUAUACAAGUACACAUCGGCGUUGCUCAGUACAGCGGACGACGGCGCGUAGCGGUACAUGCGUCCGACGGGUAGCCGAUUUCGCGGCGCGAAAAAGCGAGGAGAACGUCGUCGCCGGCGCAUGGGUCGGCGGCGCGCGAGAGAGGAGAAAGCGGGAAGGGAGGAUGACGACAGCGCGGUAGGGAUGAGGAGCCCUUGGGAAGGGAAUGAGACGCCGAGACCAAAGCGUCGUCGCGAGAGGUCGGUCCUGAGCGUCGAGUGACGUCACGGCGCCGCCUCCGUGCCGAGCGAGCCGGCCGAUUGGUCCGGAGGAAUGAUGGCAGGCGCGCGUUGCCAAUCGAUUGUUCCACGACGCGCUCGAGCCCGGUCCGUCGGUCGGGUGUCCCCGCUCUCUACCCUUGGUGAAGGUAGGGAUCGCACGAACAUUGGAAGGAGGGGAAGAAUUGGCCGCCUUCGGCAGGAAGUGAGCUGCGACCCAAGGCGUACGGUACAAACGGUCAGAUAGUUUCGUUCGCUCGUAGAGAGUGGAGGUUGUUUCUCUUCUCUUGCGUUGGACUGUGCUUCGUUAUCAUUGACGUUUAGCGCGACGCAAGAAAGCGAGCAGGAAAGAAGUAGUAGGAAAUCAGAGUUUGUAAUCGCUUCUCGCACACGUGCGGACCAGACCGUCGCACGCGUCUAGAGAACCGACGGGUAGUUGAACAUAGUGAAGCGGAAAAUAGUGAUAGGUGAACAACGGUGUCCCUCGUCGCCUGUGUCGCACGCUUCUUUUCCGGUGCCAUCGUCAGGUUUCGAAGAGCCGCCGUGCUUGGGAGUAUUUCGCUUCCAGCCGACGCGUCGUUGCCGUAUUGUCGUGACGCGAUUCGUCGAGCGUACCGUGGCUUGCAGCCAGUCAGAAACGACUGGUGAACGGCACGGAGUGUGAGAGACUAGCAGUGAGGGAAAGAAAGUGAUAGUGUGCCGUCAGUUCUCGCUCGAACAUUGUGGGUAGCGGGUCGUUGGAGCAUUUCUUGGGUCACUUAUGGAAAAAGAAAGAUUAUCUCUCGCAUGGACACGCCGUACCGUGCAGAGGACGAUGCCACGAGUAUAAUGAUCGCGAGCUGUGUUUCCCGCCGAGAUCGAGUUCGCAAAGGGGUGGCCACCUCGUGAACGAGUGACUGAAUUCAACGCUGCGCAGGACAAGAUCUGUGGUAUCGCGUAGGGAAUGCGCGUUCGUAGCUGCCACGUCGUCCGAAUAAUGUGCCCACGCGAUCGUAUGAUCGAUUGAUUGUAUACGCCGGUGACCGGAAAAACGUGUGUGCGCGCGCGCGCGCGAGAACAGUGACUUUAAUAUCGGUAGAAAUCGGUGUACACUUGUACGAGACGGAUAUCAGAGGGACGAGGACGAUUAUCAUCGGCGACGAUUCGUGAUCGUGUUUUCGUGUCUACGCUUCGCGAAACUCAGAAGUAGAUGCUGAGAAAGUGACCCAAUGGUGAUCACGACCUGAGCUUCGAUUAUUCCAGAUAGUUUUAUCGGUGACUGAUUUCUGACACUCAUCGGCGUGUUCCGUUGAUUUUUUCUUGACGUCGAACGGUACCAGAAAAAGGCGGCAAACUGUACGGGCACAGGGAGGAAGACAUGCUCACGAUGGAGACGGACAUGAAGGGCGGCAGCCUGCACGGUCAGAUGCCACCGCAUCCACAUCAGGGCGUAUCACCGAUGGGCCAUCAUACCGGAAUGUCGUACGGCCUGGGAACUCCGAUAGUUCAUAGCGCAGUCCCGACGCUGACGGGAAGUCCGCCUAGCACGGCCGGUCUUGGUAUCAGUCUUCAGCAUCAUCAUCAGACAACGCAGCAUCACUAUGCCUCCAUGCAAGCGGCCGCCGUCGCAGCGGCUGCUCAACAACAGCAAAGCAUGCACGCAAUGGCCGGACAGCAGAGUGCUCAACAGCAACAACAACACCAUCCUCAUCAACAGCAGCAGCAACAACAAUCGCAAUCACAGCAGCAUCAUCAGGCGAAUAACCAUAGCAAUCCUAAUAAUCCGAACCCUAGCAACUCCUCGAACGCCAAGAACAACAACAUGGAUCGUGUUAAGAGGCCGAUGAACGCUUUCAUGGUAUGGUCGCGUGGACAGCGUCGCAAGAUGGCCCAGGAAAACCCCAAGAUGCACAAUUCGGAAAUCUCGAAGCGCCUGGGCGCCGAAUGGAAACUUCUUAGCGAAGCGGAAAAGCGUCCGUUCAUCGACGAGGCGAAACGGCUGCGCGCCGUGCACAUGAAAGAGCAUCCGGAUUACAAAUAUCGGCCGCGGCGUAAGACAAAGACGUUGCUGAAGAAGGACAAAUUCCCGCUUGGCGGCGGCGUCGCCGGCGUCGGUGGCAUGCUCGGCGUCGAUCAGCGACAAGUCGGCAGCGGCGCCGGGCCGCAGCAAUCGCAAUUACCGCGCGAUGUCUAUCAGAUGCCCAACGGCUACAUGCCGAACGGAUACGCGAUGAUGCACGAUCCUACGUAUCAGCAGCACGUCGCGUACAGCGGUCACAUGGGUGGUGCCGCCGCUUCGUCCGCUUAUCCCAGGUACGACCCGAUGGGCCAUCACAUGAGCGGCGGCAGUCCGAAUCCUAUCAAUAGCUACAUAAAUGGAUACGGCGGAUACGGCAGUACCACCGUGCCCGGCGGAUCGCCAUCGCCGUAUCACCAGGCUCAGCCGGGCUCCCAGAUGUCCAGUCACAGCCCCAGCGGCAGCAGCAUAAAAUCAGAGCCGACGAGUCCGGCCAGCGGCGGCAUACACACGCCAACGCCGACGGGCGGAGCGGCGUCGACGGGCGCGGCCGGUGCUACCGUCCAGACCGUCAAGAGAGAAUAUGGGAACAUGGGACAGCCGCAGACGGGCCAGCAGACGGGUGAUAUCAGGCAUAUGAUGUCACUCUAUCUGCCUCAGGGCGUCGAUCAAGGGGUCGUGCAACACGACGCGGGUGUCUACUCGCCGGGACCAUCGCCGAACUCCCUGGCGCAGCAUCACUCAGCCAUACAGCCACUCACACACAUACGUCACUUGGCGCUUUAUUAUUGCUAAUGCUAAUACUAUGGAAAUUAAUUUUUUCUCUAUAUAUUAUGGGACAUAUAUUUUUGGAUGCUAAAUGGAAUUUAUAAUAAGAACUUCCUGUAUUCCAUACAUGCACUAAUUUGUGAGUGUCGCGUUAUGAAUAUUUGCUUCGUUCAAAGUUAUUUUCUCUUGACAUAACGCUGAAUGAAAUGUAUAAAUAACUUCUGUCUUUCUUUAACGGGAUGUAUAUUUAUAUAUUCAUAUUUAUAUUUCAUGACGUGUACACUCACAUCAAUCGCCAAAGUGAACGAUAAUUUCGCAUAUGCUAUCGUGACGAUGCUUCUGGACCUUCUAUCAUCACACUCGAAUUAACUACUAAAACGAUGAUCUACGUCUUCCGAUUCGCUCGUUCUUGCACUCGAAAUUUGCUAUGAAUCGUUUACCCGCGCUCGAUUAUUAUCACUUCAAAAGUUAGCAAGGUGGAACUUGCAAGAUAUUAUUGCGCUAGAAAAUUAUAGACCGACAUAUCGAGCAGCCGGGGAGAGAAAAAAUGAACCCGUCGAUUUGCAUGUACAAAGACGCGAAGAUCUUAGCACGCUCAAUAAAAUAUGACCCGCAAUUAAGAAUUUUACGGGAUAGCAGCAAAUAUGUGUAUAUAUAUAUAUAUAUAUAUAUAUACAAUAUAUAUAUAUAUACAAUAUAUAUAUAUAUGUGUGUGUAUAAAGCCGUUAACAGAAGGUGAAUACAGUGGAAUUUAUCUAGGCGUAUAUAAAAUCUAUGUGUACGCACACUUUGUUCUUAUCAACUGGAAGAUAAUUAUUUCAUCGAUAUGCGACUCAAUUUUUUUUUAAUUCUUUUUUUUGAGAACUUUAGGAGUGUAUGAAUUUUAAUUUUAAGAGAACAUCAAUUUGAUAUGCAAUUUUUCUACACUUUAGCAAGUCUUCUAACGAUUACGAGUUAUAAGAGACUCAAUAGAAGGCGAGAUAUGGUCUAUUUCUCGAAGACAUUUAGAAUAUAAGAAGAUUACAUUUAAUACAUUUGCAUUUAAUCGAAACAUUUAGGCAAGCUUAAAUGAUUAUCUUUUAUUUCCGUUUACACACCUUUUCACUUCGAAUCACUAAAGCAAUUUCACUGAAUUUUCUUAUAAUUCUUUUUCUCAGGUGUGCUUUAUCAUUUUCCGUGUAGAAUUUUAUCUUAGCUUUAUAUACAUAUAUUGAUGCGAAGAUUUGUGCGAUUUUUCGCAAAGACUGCGAAGUAAUUAUUUUAUAUGAAUUAUAUAAUCAUCUUCAGAUUUGUAGUUAUUAUUAUCAUUUUCAUCCAUUUUACUUUGUGUUUCUUUCUGUUAAUAGAUUUAAAAUUUAUUAGUUAAUAGAUUUUAGUUAUUAAGUUGAAACAAAUUUCGAAAUUUAAACGUUGAAUUGUUUUUAACGUAGGGUCCAGAAUGAAGCAGAAUUCACGAUACCAUAUGUUUAAUUUGGGGCGCAAAUUUCUUUCUUCC